AUGUCGAAUGCUACUAAAACGCGCGAUUCCGCUCUCAAUGCCAUUAAACGGUAUAUGGCAAAAAGUAUUGAUGAGGCAUUCACUAUGGAUGCAGAGAAUAUUGCAAGCUACCUUCAGUUAUUGAGUGAACAGUGGGUUCGUUUUAACGUUGCUCAAGACGCUGUAGAAAUUACUUGUGGUGCCGAUGUUAUUGAAAUUGAAGAAAAUGUGCGUAUCCAAGCCGAGACUUGGUACUCUACAGCUUCAGCUAACUUUAGCCGCGUGAAAAAUUGUCGUACUAAAUCGCAAGAUAGCUCCACAAAGGCAUCUGUGUCCACGGUUAUACGUUUACCGAAAAUGGAGUUGCCCACAUUCUCCGGUGACUCUACAGAAUGGAUUGGUUUUUUCGACGCGUUUUCUUCGUUAGUUGAUAGUAACUCUACUUUAUCAGAUGGACAAAAGUUGCACUAUCUCCGAAGCUGCUUGAAAGGUGACGCGUUGAAAAUUAUCAGUGGUUUUAAAAUAUGUGACGCAAAUUACGUUGAAGCUUGGGGUCUAUUAACAUCGCGGUAUAAGGUUAUUCGUGUAAUUGUGGAAUCUCAUCUUCGCGCGUUGGCUGAAAUUAAAAGGGCUACGCAUGACAAUGCUGACGCAAUCAAAGGUGUAAUUGAUUCGUUCCAACAGCAUAUUCGCGAGCUUAAAGCGUUGGGUCGUCCGAUUGAUUUUUGGGAUGAUUGGUUGGUACAUGAGGUCGUCAGUAAGUUGGCAUUCGAAACGCGUAAGCAGUGGGAGUUAUCGCUCGUUAGUGAUGAUCCUCCAUCUUUUGAGCAACUAAUAACAUUUUUAGAGAUAAGAUGCCGAUCGUUAUCUAUGUUUACGUCGUCAACAACAUCAGUACCAAUUAAGGUUAAAACUGCAUCAGCAAGCAAGUCGGCAAAUGUGUUCCACGCGAUAUCAAAACAAAGUAACGUGUGUGCAUAUUGUAGUGGACCUCAUAAAAUUUACAGUUGUGAAAAAUUUCGUGAAUUGGACUUGUCUACAAAAUCACAGUUCGUGAAGCAAGGUCACAUAUGCUUCAACUGCUUAAGUUCAGGUCACUAUAAAGACCGUUGUAACAGUGCUUCCACUUGCCGCAUGUGUAAACAACGUCAUCACACUCUGCUGCACGGUGCCUUGCAGUCAACGACCGUUACCGCAGUGAACAAUUACAUCGGCAACGCGACGCAUUCGUUAUGCGCUGCUGACGCCACAUCAAAGGUAAGCGCAAAAACUGGUGAACUUCCAGCAAACGUCGACGUUCCACGCAUUUCUUCAUGCUUGAACUCGAGCUCCAAUCCACCCAUAGCUGCAGAAAGAGUUGUGCUGUUAUCCACCGCAUUAGUGAAGGUACGCGACUGUUCUGGUAAUUGGCAGCCCGCACGUGCACUUUUCGAUUCUGGAUCACAUGCUUCCUUUGUAACCGAAGCGUGUGUGCAACGCUUAGGCCUGCCGCGAUCAACAUCUGAAGUUAACAUUACUGGAAUUGGGUCAGCGCAAGGAGGACGAGCUAGAGGUGAAGUAUCACUUUCUCUUUCUUCUUUCUCUACAAAUCAAUGCUUCACUGUCAAAACGUUAAUUCUGUCUAAAAUUACAAGCGACUUGCCAACACAGACUAUAGCUACGUCAUCGUGGCCACAUAUCCGAGGUUUGUUUUUAGCCGAUCCCCAUUUUAUGAAGCCUGGACGGGUGGAUAUAUUGAUUGGAAUGGACGUUAUGGAUCAACUGAUCUGUACAGAACUUCGUAAGGGUCCAUCUGGAGCUCCUAUGGCUCAACUGACGGUCUUUGGGUGGACUCUGUUUGGAAGUGUGAAUGGAUCUGAGCCUGAUAUGCCACGCUUACAGUCGUUACAUUGCGAUGUUCAUUUGGAUCGAGCAUUGAACAAGUUAUGGGAGUUAGAGGAAGCUCCGCAAAAAACGUAUCUUACGCAUGAGGAGCGUUACUGUGAAGACCAUUUUGAAACAACGCAUCGAAGGGAACCUAACGGACGGUUUGUCAUCGAAUUGCCGCUGAAGCCCGAUGUAGCUCUGGGAGAGUCGCGAAACUUUGCUAUCCGGAAUUUGUUACGACUUGAAAGAAGACUCGCUUGUGACUCCGAUCUUCGUUUACGCUACAAUGAAUUCAUGAAUGAACUCAUUGACAUGAAACAUAUGCAGGUCACGUCAGAGGCUAUGAAUCCAACGUAUUAUAUGCCUCAUCAUCCUGUUUUAAAGGAAAAUAGUACCACGACCAAAUUGAGGGUUGUAUUUAACGCGUCCGCAAAAUCGACUUCCGGGAAUUCGCUGAAUGACGCAUUAUUUAUAGGACCUCAAUUGCAGGAAGAUUUAUACUCCAUCUUACUUCGCUUUAGAACACACCGCUAUGCUGUAACAGCAGAUGUCGCCAAAAUGUAUCGUCAAAUCUGCGUAUCCUUAAAACACGCCGAUUUACAACGCAUCGUAUGGCGUAGCCACCCAUCCCUGCCUAUCCAAGAUUUUCGCAUGGUUCGCGUGACGUACGGAGUGGCAGCUGCGUCUCAUCUAGCUGUCCGAUCACUUCAACAGACGGCAAGAGAUUCGUCGAAUGGUUGUGCUAGGGCUGUUGGUGUUAUUCUCAAGGAUUUUUACAUGGAUGAUCUACUUACUGGUGCAUCUAGUAAAGAAGAACUUCAAUUGUUGCAGCAAAAUAUUUCCGAAAUAUUGAGGGAAGGGGGGUUUGAACUUCGUAAGUGGGCAUCGAACUGCGCUGAACUAAGCGCAAGCAUUUCUAAUGCAUCUACGAACAUAUCACAUUAUAUUGUCGACGAUAAGGAUGUUCACGCUUUAGGUCUUAUCUGGAACACAGAAGGAGACUAUCUCACGUUUGCUAUUAACUUGAGGGAACCGCCAGUUAAGUUGACCAAGCGCAUGUUUCUAUCAGAUGCAAGUACGCUCUUCGAUCCUCUGGGCUUGCUUGCUCCCGCUACUAUAAAUUCAAAAAUUUGGUUUCAAGACAUAUGGCGCACUAAGGUAGGUUGGGAUGAUAUCAUUCCUGAGUCUAUCGCAACGAAGUGGUUGGAGCAUCGCAUAGAGCUCAAGCAAUUGGCACAUUUGAAGGUGAACCGUUGGUUUGGUACUGAAGUAGCUGGGUCAUUUACGCAAUUGCACGUAUUCGCAGACGCGUCCGAGCGCGCUUACGCCGCCGUCUUGUAUGCACGAACAACACAAAGCGACGGUAGCAUUACUGUGUCAUUAAUUUCGUCGAAAACCAAGGUAGCUCCGCUUAAGCCGACAACGCUGCCACGUCUUGAAUUAUGCGCCGCUCAUCUUGCUGCUAAACUAGUGCGAAGCGUGCUGCACUGCUGGUCUGAACUCCGUUAUCCGCUUUUCGCUUGGACUGAUUCUACUAUAACAUUGGCAUGGUUACAAGCUCACCCCAGCAGAUGGGUGACAUUUAUAGCCAACCGCGUAGCUGAUAUUCAAGAAGUUUUGCCUCCCGAAUGUUGGAACCACGUUCGUUCUGAACAGAAUCCUGCAGAUUGUGCUUCAAGAGGUAUAACUCCCUCCGAAUUAUUACGUCAUCAAUUGUGGUGGGCUGGUCCUAUUUUCCUGAAAAGCACUGAACAAUUAUGGAAGCAGAAAAAAUCUAAAGAGCACACUACAGAGCUGGGCGUACGAAAUAGUAUUCGUGCCCAUGUGACUAAUUCUACAGAUUAUUGGUCCGUGAUGACAAAAUACUCAUCGUAUUCUAAGCUGCGUCGAGUUAUUUCCUACGUUUUACGCUUUUUGACUAACAUUCGGGCUAACAGACGGCUUAAUGUUAUAAAGCGUUUUGGUACACCGAGUUGCCAAGAGUUAUUUGAAGCUGAACUUCGCCUAAUAAGGUAUACGCAACAGUUUUAUUUUUCUAAUGAAAUUUCUUCUUGCAGCGCUAAAAGACCAAUCCCACUUCGCAGUAGUCUUUUGCGUCUGCAGCCCUUUCUGGAUGGGACUUGUGUUCUACGUGUUGGAGGAAGAAUAAAAAAUAAUGAAAUCACUCCAGAUGUUAGGCAUCCCAUUAUUUUGCCUAAGAAUUGUCCGCUUGCUAAGUUAAUAAUCUGCGAAAUACACAAGGUCACUUUGCACGCUGGGCCCCGCAUUAUGCAAACUGUCUUGCAACGUCGUUAUUGGGUUAUCGGCGCUCGUAGCUUGAUCCGUAAUAUAUACCAUAAGUGCGUGAAAUGCACUUAUUUGAAUCGCAAUCUUACCACACAAGUCAUGGGUGAUCUACCUGUCAUUCGCACAACCUACGCCCGUUGUUUUACUCACACUGCUGUUGACUUCGCUGGACCUUACCUCUACAAAUUCACCCAAGGAAGAGGAGCUAAGGCUACCAAAGGCUACAUUUGUUCGUUCAUUUGUAUGUGCACUGGUGCGAUGCAUCUCGAAUUUGUUGGUGACCUGUCAACACCAGCUUUCCUAAAUGCAUUUAAAAGGUUCACAAAUCGUCGAGGAUUUUGUAAGGUCAUGGCAUCAGAUAACGGUACAAAUUUCGUUGGAGCCGAGAAGGAGUUGCGCAUUGCAUUUCAACAGUGCAUGGCUGAUAUUAAACUUCGCUCUUUCUUUGCGGACUCGAAUAUCGAAUGGCGAUUUAAUCCACCGGCUGCACCCCAUAUGGGAGGUUACUGGGAGACCGGAGUCAAACGUGUUAAGUAUCAUUUAAAACGCGUAUUAGGAGAAGUUCCACUAUCAUACGAGGAGUUCAACACACUUUUGACUGAAAUAGAAGCUUGCGUAAACUCUCGCCCACUCUGUGACAACUCUGAAGCUGCUGGUGACUUAGAAGUUCUAACUCCCGGACAUUUCAUAGUCGGUGAACCGCUUAAGUCAAUACCGGAACCUGAGGGUCAAGGGUUUCGUGGAAAUCUUCGACAGCGAUGGCAAGCAAUUUCUGCCAUGAGACAACAUUUCUGGCGUCGUUGGAGAGACGAGUACCUCGUGAGCUUACAACGUGGCACUAAAUGGUUUCGUUCUUCACGCAACAUUGAAGAAGGGGAUGUGGUUGCUGUAUUCAACGAGCCUAAUCCUCCGACGAAGUGGACGAUUGCACGAGUGAUCAAAUGCCAUCAUGGUACCGAUGGACGCGUAAGAGUAGUUACGUUGAAAACACCGCAUGGCGAAUUGGUUCGCCCUAUAGUCAAACUUUGCCUUUUGCCAACGAAAGGAGAUUUAUUUCAUGAAGAAACUAAUAACUUAUCGUAA